AGGGAGGCAUUUGGGCUUGAAAGAGCAAGCCACCGUUAUUAGUAUAUAUAGAGGAAGGGGUUACGUAUCAAAAUCCCCUUUAUCUUUUCUAAAUUCAUCCUGUGAUCUCGGGACUAUUUGGCAGACCAGUAACAGAUCUCUGAAUACUCUCGCAGCACAAAUCGAAACUACGAAGUUCAAAACCACUGAUCCGAAAUCACCAUGGCGUCGAGAAACCUCCCACCACGGCAAAUUGGCGAGCCGAGGGGUUCGGGCAGAUCAAUGCAGACUGCACCGUACCAACACCUUCCACCUCGGCAUGAGUCUACGCCGGCGUAUGACUCUCACCGCGCAUCGCAUGGGGCACCUCGGCACAACCCGAUGCCGUACCGAGAGGUGAUCUCGACGCCAGCUCACGGGUCCGAAUUCAGAAGCAGCGGCGGGAAUAAAUCGAGGAAUAGCGACGAUAGCUCCGGUUUAACCCGCUGGUUCGCAAAGAAAGUAGGGAAACCUGUGGAAACCCGUGAGAAGCUCCACAUCAGCGAGCCUCUGCUGAUUUCGGCACCCCGAUCAAUCGGGGUUCAGAGUAGCCCUCAGGCGACACCGGAUGCAGGGGAGCCGAGGUCACGUUCCCGGGAUUCAGGAUCAGUGACGGGAGAUAGCGUUCGAAGGGAGAAUCUUGGUGCGUCUCGGGAAGCGCUGGGCUCUCAUCCAGUGCCCAAACGGAGCAGGGACAUGAAGGGCCGGGCCCCCGCUCGACACACGAUUCCGCCCACUGCUGGCAACGGGCGCGAUCGACCUAACCUGGGUUCUACGGAGCCCGUAAUGACGAAAGAUGACGUGCAUGAGCGUCGAAAAGGCCGGAUCUUCUCGGGUGGAGAGAUCGCCGACGCCCUGCACGAAUUCCCAGAUCCCGAAGCGUGGCCCAGUCAAGAUAAAGACGCCCACGAUUCCGGCUUCUGGGAGGAUGCGGGUUUCGGCGACGAUGACACCUCUAGAAAUAACGAGGUGACCAUCGUCGCCUAUGACCCAGCUAUCGAGCACAGCAACGCCCCGAUGCUCACCAUUACUACUGUCGGCGACGACGAGAACGCGGUGUCGCCGGCCGGGGGAAAUAGCAUAUCGAGAGGCCGUCUGGUCGUCGACGACUGCUACGAGCGGCUUUGGGCGGCGCAACAGAAGGAGACAAGACGGCUACGCCGGCUCCUACCGCUGGCCGACUUAGUCGCGGGGGCCGAAGACGUUGGUCCUAACGGAGACCCCGGUGAGCUAGAAGAGGCCCUGAGGACCAUCAUCGACGACCGGGAGGCGCUGCUAAGCCUCAUGCCGCUAGCGCAGGCUCUAGCCGACGACCAGAGAAUAGAUAUCGACGACCUCGAGGCUCUGCCACUGGCACUUGAUAGGGUCCUCGAGGAGCGUAACAGCGCCAGGAGCGCGGCCAACCAUCAUAAGAGGAUGACGCGGGCGCUCGAGGCGCGAGUUGCCGAGCUAGAGCGCGAGAUGGAUAGGCUUUCUCUCACCAAAGAGGAGUACGUACGACUCUGAAGGGGUAAGAGGUGCGUGAAAGCUGCGGGCGUAAG